GUAUGAGAAGGCACAGACUACUUCUGUUGUUCCAUUGUCUCUCUGGAUGUCAGUGUGAGAUAUUAGUCAUUGACUUCUGUUGUUCCAUUGUCUCUCUGGCUGUCAGUGUGGGAGAUCAGUCGUCUAUGUUAUCACACCUGUGUGAGCAUCAGAGAUGGAAUUGGACAGUAAGCGCUACUCUCGGAUGGAGGAGGAUGGAGAACAACAUAAAGACACUGAGGCUGUGGGUGUGGCGAAUGACCAGUGCACUACGGGUGAGGAGACGAGGUGUAAUGACAUCACAGUGAUAGAUUCUAACUCCACCUCCUUCCGGACCGCACCUCUGAAGCACUGUUUAAAGGCUCCGUCUGGACCUCUGGUACAUCUCAUCACCACAGUGUGUCUGGGAGCGUUGUUGUUCGGGGUGGUCUGGUCCAUCGCUGAGAAGGAGUGUUAUCCAGGGGGGAAUCUGUUUGGCAUCAUCAUCUUGUUUCUCUGUGCUGUGUGUGGAGGAAAACUGGUCGGACUGAUCCAACUCCCCACACUGCCCCCCUUCCCCCCUUUACUUGGUAUGUUGCUGGCAGGUCUGGUGCUGCGUAACGUACCGUACGUAACUGAGGCGGUCCACAUUGAGCAGACCUGGUCAGCAGCUCUGAGGAACAUCGCUCUGGCCAUCAUACUGACCCGUGCUGGACUGGGCCUCAACCCUUCGGCUCUCCGCAGACUCAAGGCGGUGUGUGUGCGACUGGCAGUAGGACCGUGUACAGUGGAGGCAUCAACAGUAGCUGUGAUGUCUCACUUCCUGAUGGGCUUGCCCUGGGUCUGGGGAUUCAUACUGGGGGCCAUCACAGUAGCGGUGGUGGUGCCCUCCAUGUUGUUACUCCAGAAGGAUGGCUACGGCGUGGAGAAGGGAAUCCCUACUCUGCUGAUGGCUGCUGGGAGUUUUGAUGACAUCCUCGCCAUCACAGGGUUCACCACCUGUCUGGGCGUGGCCUUCGCUUCAGGUGUAUCUAUCAGUGUUGUGGCUGGCAUGAGCUCCACCAUGUACAACCCUGUCAUCUACUGCUGUCUCAAUAGCAGGUUCCGUGCAGGGUUUAAGCGUGCAAUGCGCUGCUGUCCGUUUGUCCGUCUGUCUGAAUACGGCCAGAUGGAACUACAUGGCGCCCGUUUCCAUGCCAACAGACAGAGCAGCAUCUACACCUGA